AAGCAUCCGAAUCCAUCUGAUCUAUCUAGUUAAAUAUGAAUGCACGGUCUCGUCAUUUUUCUUUCUAGAAAUAUUUCGUACAUGAACUGUUGAUCGUUGAGUCUAUUGUUGCUGUUCUGUUGUCAGGCGGGGCCUUGAGUAGUCUUAUCGGGCGGUUGUCACUGGUUACUCGGGCUACAAUCAUCUGUAUUACUGUUUUGGGCCACUCUCAGUGAUCGCAUCGCAACAAAAGAGUACCUGUUGGCUGUACGGCAGCUCAGAAACUAAGACAAAAUGAUCGCAGAAGUGCUCUUUAUCUUCUGGCGCCUGACCGAGAUUGUCUUUUUGAUCCCGAUCAUUGGCAUGCUGGCAUACUUUGUCAAUGGCUUCCUCAAUGCCAAUCAGCUCACCCCAGCCUACAUCCUCGUCCUCUUCAUCGUCAGCACAAUCGCCGUCUUCUGGUGCAUCGACACAGUCCUCCGAUUCGGCAGUACGAGACGCUCAGCGUUCUUCGUCUCAUUCAUCGAUCUCUGCUUCUUCGGUGCCUUGAUCGCCGGCGUGUAUGAACUUCGCUUCAUUGCUGGCGCUAACUGCACGAGCUGGACUGAUAUCACUUCAUCCGUAUCGCUAGGUCCCUUCGGAUCGAUUGUGUAUACGGGCGAAAGACCAAAUUUCAACAAGACAUGUUCCAUGCUCAAGGCCUCGUUUGCUAUCGGGAUCAUGGAAGUGGUGUUUUUCUUCUUCACGGCGUUUUUGGCCCUGAUGAUUUUCAAUCAUCAUCGCGAUCCUGUGGUGAAGGAGACGGUGGUCAGACGUCGCAGUCAUAGCAGCCGGCGCGGUCAUCGUCAUAGUCGCAGUGGUUCAUCUAGUCGACGACAUUAUGUGGUAUGAUUAUCAUGGCUUGGAAGAAAUGAAGAAAUUGGAAAUUUUUAAAGAAAAAAAAAAGGAUCAAUGUGUGUUGCGUCUUUUCAACCGUCGUGCUGGAAUUGGUUCUGCUGUAUUGUAUUUUACGCUUGAUGCUUGAUGCUUGAUGAUUCUCCUGUGAAUAUUGAAUGGCCUGUAUUUAGUACGAAUAGAUGAAUAAUGACAUCUCA